CUUACAAAAAAAACUGAUGCACAAGGGUUAAAACUCAAAAACGAAUUUAACAUAUUUCUCCAUCCUGUCUCUUUCUUUCAUAUCUUUCCCCCUUCACCCAAAAAGCAAUCUUGGCGACUCGAGUGACGGGGGUUCACCCAAACGACUUUUUUUUACUUUUUUUUCCUUCACAUGUCCGUCCUUUCGCGGAUCCCGGGCAUAGCCUGGUUCGCUUCUUUUCUCUCCACUACAUUGUCCAUUCACACCAACCCAACAUUGCGCCGUUACCAUAGCACUCUUGCCCAAGCAUUCUACCACCAUGGUCGACUUUGUGCUUCCAACCAGGCAACUGUGAUGGUCUUAGUGAUCGUCUUUGUUGGUAUGAUCUCUUAUCCUGGUAUUAUUACUUCCUACAACUCUUCAACUUAUGUUCGACAACGGUCUGCUGCUGCUGCUCUCUCUAGUCGUAACCUCUCACUCUCAGCAUGGAAGUACUAUUCUACAGAACUGUUGAUGGUCCCCAGUGGUGGCGGAAAAAGUGGUAGACGGCGUAGCCACCAUCCUCGAUACCACGACCAGCAUGUGUUUGAAGGAGAUCUAGAUUUGUUUUGGACACAAAAGACAAUCGUUCCAACAUGGACGCAAGAUCCCGAAGUGUUCAACCGAAACCUACCUUCUAUGGAUCCACUUCACUUUAUCGCUCCAAUCAUUAUAAAUGCUACGGAGCUCCUAUUAACACCACUGCAAGAAGAGGAAGAGGAAGGAGAAGAACAAGAGAAAAACCUUGUUGAUACAGAAACCAACGCGAAUUUUAGAUCAGACAAGAAGAUGAUGAAAGAGCGAGAUAGACUUCAUCUGACUCCAAUAACAACGACAGAUUUAUUGGCCUAUGCCGCCCAUAUCCAGCGGAAACUACAAAAUAUUGAAGUUGAAUAUAGCUCAGACGAUAAAAUACGAUCGGAUACCGAAAGGGGUGCUGCCACAUCAGCUGCUGCAGGAAAGGACCCCAUGAAAUCGCCAUGGAUGAUCUCACUCAAAGACAUUUGUGUAUUGGAGCCUCUGGAGCAGAAUAGUGACACUACAAAUCAGAGUCGAUCUGCACAGAUUGAGCGUAAAUGUCUUGUGCAUUCACCCCGAGAUGAACAAUCCACAACAACGUUUGGUAUCCUAUCUUUGGACCAUCAUAAUUCAUUAGUGGAUGAACAUCCUCAAGCGUCCUUGAUUAUGGCAUACUAUUUACGGGGCGAUCUUGGCAAGAAUCGUCGUCAUCAUCAUGAUCAACAAUAUGAUAAUAAAUUCAUGCAUAAAGAGGGCUUUGCAUGGAACACAUUGGAUGUAAGACGAGCAUGGCGUCUGAUCUUCAACAGACUUAUUUUGGAACUACAAGCUGACCUUGAUCAGCAUGAUAUGAUCCAUGAUGUCCGAAAUCCGCACAAAGCAUCGCCUAUCGCCACGGAGGAUACUCUACCAUUGAAAUUCGCCCCAAUAGGAAAUACUAGCCUCCAAUUUAUGGUCCAAGGGAUCCUGCCAAUGGAUUUAUCACAAACAAUAUCUAGGCGUCUUGUCACAGAGGAGAAUGCACAACCACGAACAAAUAUAUCUGCUGAAUACUGGCUACUUGCAAUGGCUUAUUUUGUAAUGUUUCUUUACAUUUCAUUAUCAGUUGGGAGAGUGGACUUAGUCAAGUCCAAGUACGGCCUUGGAAUCGCUGCUGUCGCAACAGUCUUUGUAUCGUUGCUCAUGUCCAUCGGUCUUUGCUCAGUUUUUGGAGUUACAUUAACACUUAUGCCAUGGGAAAUUUUACCGUUUAUGAUUAUCGUCGUAGGCGUAGAAAAUAUCAACAUCUUGGUACACGCAGUUGUCGAGACAUCAAUGGAUUUGCCCGUCAAGGAAAGGGUAGGGCGAGGACUAGGCACUGUUGGGGUUUCGAUCACAAUGACACUUGUAGCAGAACUAUGCUUACUGGUCAUUGGAGCCAUGACAACUAUCCCAGCUGUCCAAGAGUUUUGUACUUUUGCCAUUGCGGCUGUCAUCAUGGACUAUCUUCUACAGAUGACAUUCUUUAUCACUGUCAUCUCGAUUGAUAUCCGCCGUCUAGAACUCUCAGAUCUAUCCACUCGAUCCGCAACCGCUUACUCACGCUACCCAUUCGGAACAACACGACACCAAUCUAUAAAACCCAAUGGCGCUUUCACAUACGAAGACGAACGGAGUCGACAUCAUCGGAAGGAUAGCACUAGCUCACAAAAUAGUGAUGGUGGCGAGUCAAAGUCAAGCGGGAAGCCGUCAAAAGCUAAUCGAAAAGGCCGAAUCUUUACAUCCAUUACUAUGCUGGGUGUCAUGGCGUAUCUUGGAUAUAUUUAUGGCACUACAAAUCAACCUGCUAGAGGAGAAACAGAGCAACACGGCCCUAUUACUGUGUCUUAUUGGCGCAUCCUAUCAUCGGAGGAUGCAGCGGAGUUUUGGACAUUAAUUGACCCAGGCAAAGUUGGAGGCUAUCUGGAGAUUGAGUCACCCGCAGUUGUGGCAUUAGUACCAUCUUCUAGUUUUGACACCACCUUAAGUUCAACAACAUGUCAUAUGACCCCUCCAGAGUCUGAGAAUUCUGAAUGUGAAGUGGAUCAUGAUUUAGGUGCCGACACUCUCAACGGCGUAAAUACUGGAAACCCAAUAUCACUAAACAAUGAUCAACUGUUAGAUCCACGUCGGCCAUUUAAGCUUCUUCGAGAUGUAAUGAUAUUCAUCUGUUUCUUCGCUGUCUGGCUCGUGCGUGUGUUUGUGAUUCCAUCUAUUGUCCUGGCAGCUGCGAUUUUGCUGCUAUUAUCGUAUCUAUUAAGUCCACAGCGCAAAUUAUUGGUCGAUUUGCAAUGGAGGUUUCCAUUUAUUGUCUUGCCCGGAGAUUAUCAGUCCAAGAGAAAGCUGAUGAUGGAUGAAUUGAUGACCCAGGAAGCAAGAGAGCUAGGACAAGAAGCAGCAGGAAUACCAUGCUUGCCCUUACCAGGGAUUGUAGACACCUUGCACAAGAGAGGUCAUAAGUCCGAUAUUGACCAGAUGGAUGUCUCUGUAGAAGCAUGUCUUGUAUUGACCUCAAGCAUGGAUGGGACUAUCCUUUUAUGGAGUGGAUCGACUACUGCUGCAGUAAUGUCAGGAGGUGAUAUUGAUCAAAAUACCGUCCCAUUAGUCCGUCUAGAAGAAAGGGAGGCAACAGCAACGUCUACUAAGCCCGGGAUCCAACGAUCCAGGAAUCGCCCUGUAAAGUUUCUAAAGCUAGAUUGCACAGGUAGAUUUGCAAUCGCUGGAUACGGUGACAACAGUAUUCAUGUUUGGAAGCUAGACUCUAUAACAUCUCCACAGACGGAUGGAUACUGGAUGGAGCGAGUGCCAGUGCUAAACCCAUCGUUAGAGUUAGUACGCAAGUUCGAAGCAACGCUGAGCACAUCCACAUCGACAACAGAUACUUCCAAACUAAAAGUAACUAGCGUUUGUCUCUGGGGACUCUCCUUGUUGGUGGGUUAUCGCGACGGCCAAAUCUGGCAGUGGGAUCUUUCCGCAGGCACUGGUACAUAUAUCGCGGAAUGCAAGCAUCGAGGAGGAGUUACAGAGCUAGAAGUCGUUGUUCUAGAUCCCAAGACUAGAGAGGAGCUCGGGCUGAAGCCUAAGACCUACCUUGUUGCUGCUGGCAAAGAUGGAGGCAUUCAAUGCUGGAGCACCAACAGGGCUUUAAUCUCGGCUUUAGAUAUCACGACUGGCAUAUUCGGGCGGGACAAAUGGACAUCUCUCUGGAGUCAUUCAGGCCUUGGUACAGGCGUCAGCCCCUCUGUAUUAACGUUGGAUCCAGAAGUACCCAUGGUAGCUGUUGGCUAUUCAAAUGGUGCAAUCAAAAUCUGGGAUUUAGAGCAUGGGAAUCUAGUUUGGAUCCUUUCCCGAGGACUCCUCUCUACACCAAGCGUCACUCAUUAUGCUAGAGGGCGCUCGCAGGAAUCCCCUGAUAGUAGUCAUCAACCGUCGCACCAAGGCGCAAUUACAAAGUUGUGUUUUCAUGCUCUUGAACUGGAGGAUGGAUUGACAGGCGAACCUGCGCCACGUGUUUGGCUGGUUGUUUCUAGUAGCACAGACGAAACAGUGAUGAUAUGGAUUGUAGAAUGGGAAGGCUUGAUGGGUAUAACAACGUCUUAUAGUCGACCAUCAGGGCCUGGGCUCGAUUCUGGAACAAGGCGAGAAGGUGUGUCUACUCAAUAUCGGGACCUACCUUCUGAGUUUACGCGUUCAAAUAGCCUGUUUGAGUCAACUUUAAAAACAAGCACGGAUAAUUCAAUGGAUUUCAUUGGUACGCUAAGCUCGUCGCUACCAGCGCCACGACUUGUGGGUUUCAUGAAACAGCGCGGUGGCAAGAGCAUAACGGUCAGCAACUCUCGCUUGUACGGUGUACGUCGGAUAGAGUCUACAGCAGUUAGUAAUCUUAGUGAUACUCUCCAACCCCCUAGGCAAUUCUAUUCGUCUGUUCUGGGCAAUCUCAACAAUAACAUGCGGAGUCGACGGAAAGGUGAAGGUGGUUUUGAUUCGUCUAAUUGGGCGAAUGCUAUUGCUACUAUAGACUCUCCAAAAGCCGGUAACCGUCCUUUAAAACGAGGAUGGGAACUUUGGGAAGCAGACCUUUAUCAAUGCAUAUUUAAGGAUCUAGGAGUCUGGAGUCUGAACUUGUCAGUGCGCACUCUCAAUUUGCAAUCACCAUUAUCCUCGCAGCAGCAGCAAUCUCGUCCGUUUACUAUAGCUCCAGUACAAAGGCAGAGUGCAACUGAUACAUCCGACGUUAUGGUCAGCUCUAAUGGAUCUUCAAUGGCAAUGCCUGUCCCAGUGCACGAUCAAUCCCAUGCUCAUCACUACCUCCGUGGCGACUUGUCGAUCCUAAAUCCAGAGAUGAAGCCAAAACUUCAACAAAAGCCUGCAUCUUUUUCAUAUCAGGGUAACCAUCAUCGGGGACAUAUGUAUUUAAAGGGACCCAAAACCAGACAGUCUGCAAUCAACUUGUCCCCGUCUUCGCCCUCCUCUCUUAAUAAGCAUGGACAGUCGUUUAUGUAUCCAACACAGUCUGGGCGAAAUGAGAGGCCUUCUGUACGGACUGAUGGUGCUUGGAUGAUGACAGAGGAACAUUAUGAGGAUAGCAAUGAUGGUAAUGAUGAUUUAGAGUCAUUUCUACUACCUUUUGUAGAGACAAAGUUGUUGGAGGCAUUGCCGAGGCGAAUAAGCAGACAACAGAAGGAUUGUCAUUCUCAACAGCUGCCAUCUUCGUCAUCGUCCUUAUCACUAUCAUCGUCCUACUCUGACAGUGGGAGGGAAAUGGAAAUUAAAGACAUUGUCAUAGGGUUCGGUAACUUUAUCAAGAUUGUGCGUCUUCAGGAUGAGGAUGAAGAACAGGACGGUGAAGACCGCGAAAAACAUCUCCAUUAAUGUAUAUCCACCAAUUCUUAAAUCAAUAUUAUUUUUCUGCUUAUAUUGUGAUUUUUUUCCCCUUCAUUUUAGUCGUGUCCAUUUGUACAGUAAUGUGAAAUAAAUAACAUGU